ACGCCCAGGUCACGUGACACUGCCCAGCCUGUCCUGAGAGGGGACGGAAACAGCUGAACGAUAACAACAUGCUGCAGACUUUUCCUCCCCUAACAUUUCUGCUGUUGCGGCUCGGACGUGGGUAGCAUGCAUGCCCGGUAAACGGCGGAUCCCACUCGGGGGAGUUUAGGGGAAGCCCCGGGGCUUGUUGCCCUUCCCAAACCAGCGAGCCGCACUAUGGCACCGUCCCUCAUCCCGGACUGUCGCAUGAAUCUGACCGUCUCGACGUGUCUGCUGUCGCUCUGCUUCGUCCACUGCCUCUGCUUGGACUUCACGGUCGCGGAGAAGGAGGAGUGGUACACAGCCUUCGUCAACAUCACCUACAUCGAUCCCGUCACCUCCGCGGUCAAGACGGAGAAAACCGAAUGCGGCCGGUACGGGGAGCACUCGCCCAAAAGAGAGGUCAAAGGUCAGGUCCUCCUCCCGGCCACGCCGCAGGACCGGCAGGCGUGCGACCCCAACGUCAGGUUCCCGCGGGCAGCCCAGAGCGGCGGGGCCUGGGUGGCGCUGGUGGCCGCAGGAAACUGUUCCUGUCAGGACAAAAUUCGCAACGUUGCAGAAACCAACUCGUCUGCUGUUGUGAUAUACAACACCGGCAACGACAGCAUCACAAUGCCACAUCCAGACACGGCUGAUGUUGUGGCCGUCAUGAUCCCAGAGCCUAAAGGUCGUGAGCUAGUGGGCUUGUUAGAGCAGGGCCUUGUGGUCACCCUGCACAUCACUGUAGGAACGCGUAACCUGCAGAAGUACGUGAGCAGAACCUCUGUCGUGUUUGUCUCCAUAUCCUUCAUCGUCCUCAUGAACAUCUCCCUCGCCUGGCUCGUCUUCUACUACAUCCAGAGGUUUCGCUACGCUAAUGCACGAGAUCGCAACCAGAGGCGUAUGGGCGAUGCUGCUAAACAGGCCAUCAGUAAGCUUCAAGUGCGCACACUUAAGAAAGGAGAUAAGGAAAUAGAACCUGACUUUGAAAACUGCGCCGUUUGCAUCGAAUGUUAUCAGCCUAACGAUGUUGUGAGGAUAUUACCAUGCAGGCAUGCUUUCCAUAAACACUGCGUAGAUCCGUGGCUGCAAGACCACCGGACGUGCCCCAUGUGCAAAAUUAACAUCCUAAAAGCCCUGGGAAUUGCAUUCAAUGCGGACUGCACAGAUGACAUUCCUCCUGACUAUGAGGUGUCUCUCCGGGGUCCGUUUACCAAUCCUAUCAGUGCUGCAAGUGAAAUAACUGUUAAUGAGAGCUCAGUGGUGCUGGAGCCAGACCCACAGAUGCUACAUCAUUACACAGACACGGUUCCACAGCCGGACCAAAGCCGCAUUGUUCGCAGCAGAGUGAAUAAUUCCACCUCCCAUCCCUCAGGUGAGCACCAGCCUCCGCUCAGGAGUGAUUUAGACACUUCAGCGCUCAUGAGUGUGGAGAGGUCUGACGUGGACCUGUCGACAGAGCAAGAGUGUGACGAGGCCAAAUCCAGAGCCAGUCAGCGCUGAACGAAAGGGAUUGAGGAACGGAGUGAGAGCAGGACUGGGAGUCCAACAGAACGGGGCCGUGCUCUAAGCUAAUUUGAAGUGUGUCCCUUCAGACCCCGUGUCCACACAGACUAAAAGAGACCCAUUUCUGUCUUUGCUUCUCCUUCAGCAGUCAUGACUGCCGGACAGUGAGUCUCUUCACAUCCUUCAGCCUGCCGUCUGAAGUGCACAAACAGACGGAGCUCAUUCAGUUGCCCGUCACAGAAGGCAGCAGUCGGAUUAGGAUUGUGAACUUAAUCCGGCUGCACAGGAGCAGCGGGGCAUCUCUAAUGCAUGACUACAACUUUAGUUAGCAUGAAAUUGUGUCUUGGUAAGUGAUCACUGCCAGCAAAUUAUAGAAGUUUGACCUCUUUUGUAGACCAACAUCUGUCAAAAGUACGUCAGUGAACCAACAGCACAUAUUCAGCAUCUUUAAAUUCGUGGUAUAUGCUUUUUUUGUGCUUUUUUAAAUAAAAACUUGAAACUUAGAUUUUUAGGCAGUCACAAGACAGUAAAGAAUGUGUACACACAAAAUAUGUUGUAAUCUGUGCUUUUUUUAUGUAACUGUUUGUGUGUCUUGGAUUUUCCUGUUACACACACCUGCAGAGCAUCUCGUCUUCACAUUUGACAGUCCUAGCUUGUCUAAGGGAUUUCGAACUAGUAGCUCACAUGGCUGCUAGUUUUUACAGCACACAUUCGUUCUGUACAAAUACGAUUACGAUUACUCCCAGUUUGGGCAGAAAAGGCAAAGGCUGCUUUAGGCAAAUCUGGUUAGUGAUGUUUACUCUACUAAGGCUACACAACAUUUUAUCAUGCUAUGACACUUCUUAAAAAAUGGCAAAAAAGCACACAGUUAAACAGUGACAAAAAAGUAGGUAUAAAACUUACCACACUAGAUUUUGAUCCCAAAAGCACAACUUGUACGGUUUGAAGAUGUCUCUGCUUGAAGCUGUUUGCUCUGAAAAAAUAACCAGGAUUUUAUCAAAAUCGUUUCAUUUGCUGUGAUAUUUUUUUUAUUAUUAUUGUUUGAUUUAUUUGGUUUAUUUAUUUGGUUUGUUUUAAAAUAGAUACUCUGUCCUUCGUAUUUUGUGUAGAAGCUUUGUGAGUUUUUAUGUGUGUGUGUGUGUGUGCAGUUUAAAGCUGCAAUAGUCUGAAAAUGGCUGACUCAUUUUUAUCCAUAAAGUUGGACAUUUCAAAGCUACCUGCAGCAGAAGCAGUGCUUCAACAUGAACUGUCUGUUGCAAAACAGAACAUUUUCUAUAACUUUGAGAUGUUACCAGCAAAUGCACAAAUGACAUCAAUUCAGCAUUCUAUGUGUUUGCAUUGUUCCAAGAUUCCAUCAUGGUCUAUUUUUGUACACUCGCUUUACUUGUAGCAUUGUAUAUGUUGUCUUGAAUAUCCAGACUACAAGAUAAUAAUGAAUGUGAUUAUUACUAGUUCAAUAUGUGCCCUGAUGUUUGAAUGUUGAUUUGCAUAUACAUGUUAAGAACUGGAUAGCAAGAUCCCCAAAUUGACUCUUUAAUGUUUUUGUAUCCAUCUAUGUUUUCUUCAGAUUAUUUUAAAAGCAUUUAAUUAGAAGAUAUACAUGGAAUUAAAGGAGUACAACAUCAUAAAUUGGUAUUUUUGGGGUUUUGUUAAAAUCUUUUAGGAACUAAUCCUUUGCAGUGUGGUCUCGAUUUGUAUCUACUGCCUCCAAAAAGUCUCUUUUAACUCAAAUUUGUGAAAACAACAUCCCGAUAACUGCUUAUUUCAUGAUGGAUUAGUCCCAAA